CUGAAAAAAUUGAAGAAAAUUAUACGCCAAACGCCAAAACAGGGAAAUGGCUAAACACGGCUCUUCUUCUUCAAACAUGUGUGGUUCGCAGCCCCACGUGGUUCAACUUCAACGUUCAACCAAUUAUUGCCCAAGCUAAACAGUUAGCUAACUUGUUUUCCCUCUCUCUAUUGGCCCCACCCUCCCUCCAAUCCCAGAGGAGAUCCUUUCGAAUCUUCUCUUCAUCCAAAUUCUCUGACUGUUCCUUCUUCUCUUUAUCCAAACUAACCAGAAAAAGAAAAAAAGAAAAAAAAAAAAAAAACAAUUACACAAAUUUUUUUAAAGGAAUGAGAGCUUUGAAUUCACAUUUGGUGCUGAUUGAUCUGCACACAUCAUGGCACUCAGCGAACCAAAUCCCAACUUCGACUCUCACGUACCUCAAGAACUCCUCAAACUUCAUCUCCGCUCUCUCUUCGUCAUUUCGUCGAACAUGUCGCGCGCGUCCCGUAAUAGCUUCGUCGUCGAGACCGGCGGCCCCGGAGAUCCGUAGACCGUCCGAUCGUUUCUUUCCCGGAAAUGGGUCGCCGUCGAUUUCGCCGAAUUCGGCCUCGACGUCGCGAUCGUCGGAGCUCGAGAUGUUUCUCGAGUUGCUGCCUCAGAGGAUGAGGGGGGAGCUGUUUCAGCACGAGGAGAUUGGGGAGCUUAUUGAGGUUGUUAUGGAUUUGGGAAGGCAGCCUCUUGCGAGGUUUCCUUCGGGUGAUUGGGUCAUCUCGGAGCAACCCGUAAAGCAUGAAGAUCUAAAGCACGCGAUAUCUAAGGUUGGUGAUUUUUCGGAUGACAACCGUUCGGGUAUUAAUAAUUCUUUACAUCGUAUAAGUGCUAUUCGGAAUCGGAAAAUGCAAAUCAUUGGCCUCACUUGCCGGGUUGGUCGUGCUGUAUCCGGAAGUGCCGGGAUAAUACGUGACUUAGUUGAGGGGGGAGGUUCCAUCUUAGUCAUAGGUCCUCCUGGGGUCGGCAAGACAACCUUGAUCAGAGAAAUUGCUAGAAUGUUGGCAGAUGAACACAGGAAGCGUGUUGUUAUUGUGGACACAUCUAAUGAGAUUGGAGGUGAUGGAGAUGUUCCUCAUGCAGGAAUAGGUCGUGCAAGAAGGAUGCAAGUUCCUAAUGUUCAUAUGCAGCAUAAUGUUAUGAUUGAAGCAGUUGAAAAUCAUAUGCCUCAAACCAUUAUAAUUGAUGAAAUUGGAACUGAGCUUGAAGCACUGGCAGCCAGUACUAUUGCUCAAAGAGGAGUCCAGCUAGUUGGAACGGCACAUGGAAUGACUAUAGACAACAUAAUAAAAAACCCCUCUCUGCAGAUCCUUGUUGGUGGCAUAGAGAGUGUAACUCUUGGAGAUGAGGAAGCGAGGAAGAGGAAAGUGCAGAAGACAAUUCUUGAAAGGCAGGGGCCUCCAACAUUUACAUGUGCUGUUGAGAUAAUAUCUAAAACUGAGUGUCGUGUUCAUCACAGAUUGGAUGCCACAGUAGAUGCCAUCUUAGCAGGAAAAUCUCCUCUCUUCGAAAUCCGUCACAUGGAUGCUGAUGAUAAUGAUUCUCUGAAGUUUACUCUGUUACCUGAAAAAAGCCAUAUAGAAGAAUCAAAUAUGAAUGAUGGUAAAGAUGUAAGUUCUGACAUAGAGUCUGAUGAGGAAGAAGUAGGUCAUCCACCCAGUUGGUCUAAAAAACAGAGCACUAGUAUAUAUGUGAAGAAGCGGAGCUCACCAGUGUGUGUCUAUACUUACAAGAUCCUUGAUGCUGAUCUUCUACAAGUAGCAACAGUAAUGGGGCUUGAGGAUGAAAUAGAUGUAACUGAUGACAUUGGAACCGCAGAUGCAAUUUUGGCGUCCAGUUCUGAAAUGAAGCAGAACCCAUGGAUCCGUGGUAUAGCAAAAUUCCAUCAGUUGCCUGUAUUUGUUAUCAAGUCAAAUACCAUGGCACAAAUGGUCAAGGCAGUUCGCAUGAUCUUUGAAAUGGAAUCAUUUUCCUCAGUAUCAAAGCAACCAUUCAAUAAUUUGUUUGACAUUGAAAUUGAAGAUGAUGCCCCAAAAAGAAAACCAUCCCUAGAAGAGAUUGAUGCAUUGGAGGAGGUUCGACUUGCAAUUGAGUAUAUUGUGAUUCCUGGUGGAGAACCAGUGGAGCUUCUUCCUAGACGCUCUGAAAUUAUUGCCCGGCAGCUUGAGCUUGUGGAAAGCUAUCAGUUGGCUGCUGAGAACUCUGGUACCGAGCUUAAUCCAAGGCUGCAGAUUCUCCCUCAAAGGUUAAGCAAGAAAAAUUUACCCAAAUCCCCUAAAUCUCAUUCAAGUGUUCGAAAAGAAGCAGAUUCUACACCAUUAACUCGCAGUGGCAGAGGUACAAGUGUUACUAGGCUGCCCCUUUUGCCCGAAUAAUAUGACAUGUCUCCAAUUGUAACACAUUCAAUCAUUGGUUGACUAGUGUGUCAUUUCACGCACACGUGCAAAUUAUGUAUCUCAUACCAUGUAAUUAUUUAACUGUCAAAUAUGUAAUGCAAUUUGUAUUCAUUUCCCAAAUAUGAAAUGCGCUUUUUACCC